UGGCAGCAGCUCAACCAGCAGACGGGAACUGGUUCUUCAUGGUCCUGGGAAAGACUCUGCUUCCCGCGUGAGGAGCCCAAGGCCGCUGGGUGGUGCGAGCCCGGCAGGCGCGUGCGCAGGGGACAUCCGCCAGCCACCCAGCUGGGCACGGGGACGAGGGACGUGAAGUGAUGUUCUGCUAAUGCCACCAGCUUGAGCAAAGAAGCCAAAGAGCCACCAGCAACAAGAGCUGCUAGCCAGUGCAGGAACAUCUCUGAACCUUGAAACAAACUUCACCUGCAGAAUCUGCGGAGCAAAGAGGUAGUUGUCGUAAGGGAGGCAAGAUAAGAUACUAACAGCAUUGAGGUGAUUCAAGGGCUGAAGGAGUGGUCUGUCCUGUCAAUCAGGGUUCAGCUGGUGCAUCACGUUGUGCACCAGUUCAAGAAGGACUUCCCAAAUAGGCACUUGUUUUCCAGCCUAYCUGGACCUGCUCGGGUGCUCACUAAAGUAGUGAAUAGUCCCCAAGCCAUGCAAGAGAGACUUCACUAACCUGCUCCAGUGACCAAGCAGCAAAUAACAGCAAUACCAAGUCUCAUACCGCGUAAAUAACGUUUCUGUGUGCAAAAUCACAUUACUGAAGCUGAGUGAAGCUGCUGAAGCAAGGUCAUAACUAGAAAAGCCUAAUAAGAGCAAAGACAACCCAGAUUGCAAAGAAACUUCUCUUCUCAGGCAAGAUGGCCAAUAGUGGCAAACGAGGAGAAAAACAAAUGAAUCAAGGAAAAAAAUCAGAUGAUACUUCUGGAAGCAAGGCUCUAAUGGUGUCUGCCAACUGUGUUGGUUCAGACAUGGUGUUCUCCUUGCUGGAAACCAUGCAAGUACAAAAGAAAGAAGGUAAAAAAGUGCCAGCUUGUGUAUUUCUGAAGAAAGURCUCCUGGAGCACACCAAGGAAGUCAUAUCUGACCUGAUAGACUCGACCAUGAAAAAUCUGCACAGUGUUACUGGGGUGCUCAUGACAGACUCUGACUUUGUUGCCACUCUGAAGAAGAAUCUGUUCAAUGUAGGAAGACAGAAAGCUACUGAAGUUUUGGAAGCAAUGGUGAAACGCCUACUUAGGGAUUUAUCAGAAGAGAAACAAGGCAGAGGGCAAAGCCUAGCUUUCACAGCACUUAAAGCUAGGUCCCAGUCGGACUUCAAAUCCCAAGGCAUGAGAAUUUCAGCAGUGAAGGGUGAAAUGCAUAAUCUAGGUAAGGAUAAGGACAGAGGAGCCAGUACAUCUUACUCAUCAUCAAACAAGUAUUCAGAAAAAAAUCGCUCAAUGGAUAAAUAUGCAAAGGACCUCAUCAUGACUGCAUUAAUGCUGAUAAAACAGCAUUUACUGCAGCAGACAAACGGUAACAAAAACUCUUCUGAGUAUGGCAGUGCUGCCUUUGGAUUUGUCCAUCGAGAUUCUAACUUAGAGAAUGCUGGGAAGCGCCAAAGCUCGAAAUCCCUCUCAGCGUAUUCAGGAGCAAAACAUGAUAUACAAGAACAACUGAAUUAUGUAAAGGUAGACCUAAAAAAUAAACUCUUAAGCUUCAUACAGGACCUCUUAAGCGAGGGAGGCUCCAGUAUGGAUGAGAGCCCCAGUGAAACACACAGGAGCUCUAACAAGUACGGCAAUGCAAGUGACUCCCAGAAACAAGUUUCCAUCGGACAGCCACGUUCAUCCAUGGAUCAGUUUGAGAGUUUUGCUCAGGUAAAUGAGCAACUUGUUGGUCAACUUGUGGAUUCUGUGAUGAAGCUGUGUCAACUCAUAGCCCAAGGAAAUGCAGACUUAGCAGGCAGCUUUUCCGAUGAUCACGGCGCUGCUGCUUGAAAAGCCUCCACAGCUCCCAGUAGGUUCUUCUGCUUGAAAAGCCUCCACCGCUCCUAGAAGGCACU